AUGAAGUUCUUAAGUGCCCUUUUUAAGCCAGGUUUACUGUUUGCAGGAUCAUUCUUUUGUUCUAAUCAAACACACUCAGACCCUUCCUAUUCAGUUUUCUCAUGGGGACAAAACACUUCUGGCCAGCUUGGUCUUGGCAGUGACACUUCUCGAGCUCUCCCAACUCUAAUAGAAGAACUGGAAAAUCAAAACAUUAAAUCAAUCCAUUCAUCAGGACAGUCCAAUUCUAGUGUAGCUUUAGAUGUGAACGGCCAUGCGUUUACAUGGGGAAGCGGCUUGGACGGAGUGCUAGGACAUAGCGAAACAGACGCAAAUGUUUUGAUCCCAACUCCACUGAUUCAAUUAUACGAUGCCAAGUUAGUAAAAGUAGCUUGUGGCAGAGGCCAUAUGGCAGGGCUCACUCAUGAUGGGAAACUUUAUACUUGGGGAUUAGAUGACAAUGGACAGUGCGGCCAUGAAGAAAAUCUAGAACAAGUAAAAAACCCCAAAGCAUUUAAGCCCCAAAUUUUCAAAGGAGGAAAGCCUCCUAAACAAGUCAAAGGAGAGCUUGAAAGCAAAAAGGUUGUUGAUAUUGGCUGUGGAGGACACUUUACAGCAGUAGUAACUGAGGAUGGAGAGGUCUAUACCUGGGGGCAAGGGAGAGAUUAUGCUUUAGGCCAUGGCGAUAGAACUCCUCUUAAGCAUCCAAAAAAAGUUCAAGGACUUGAAGGGAAAAAAAUAGUAAAGCUUGCAUGUGGGAGAAACUUCUGCAUUGUUUUAGAUAAUGAAGGAAAACUGUAUAGCUGGGGGAAUAAUGAGUAUGGCCAACUUGGCCUUUCUCAAACUGACAGGUUUAGAGCAACUCCUCAACAGAUCAAAGUACUUUCAAAUGUUGUUGAAAUUGCAACUGGAGACUUUCAUGUGAUGGCUUUAACUGAUAAAGGUACUGUUUUCAGUUGGGGAGCUGGAAGUGAUGGACAGUUAUGUCAUGGAAAUACUUCGAACCAGUCAACCCCAAGACUUAUUCAAGGAAUUCCUUUACUCUCCCUUUGAUUAACGAGAAAACUAUCUAAAAAUAACUAAAUGGGAAAUAAAUCCCCUUUGGUUAGUGAGAAAAAACAUUUUAAAAUUAUUUUAUGUAAAUAAUAGCUUGGUAUAUAGCUAAUGAUUAAAAUAAUAAGAUCAGCUAAUUCUAGCGAAAUAUUUUUUUUAUAUAAAAAAGUAAAAAAAUACACUUUAUUUAUGAAGUAAUUUUUUUUACUCAUAAACCCAACGGGGAGUUAAUAUCAAGACUCUUCUGUGGAGGGGGUCAUAGUGCAUUUAUUACACAGGAUUUCAGACUUUUAAUGGUAGGUAGAGGUAGAGAUGGUCAAUUAGGGAGACAGGGAAAUGUUGAAAGUGUAGCUAGCUAUAGAACGGCAACAGUGCCAGUAGAAUACUUUACCAAUUACAGAGUCUUACAAGUUUCUUGUGGAGCUGACCACAGUUUAGCAUUAGGUUUUAAGACUCAAUAA